GUUCUUUCGAUUUCGUUACUAUCAGUUCAAUAAGUCCUUAAGAAUGGCGGGUUGAUCAUCUCAUAGUUUCUUUGAUUCGUUUGCUAGAUUUCCUGAGAUCGCAGCCGGUUCUUCUCAUGGCCACCGCAGCACCGACAGUUUCAUCCACUAAGGAGACUACUAACUACGCCCGCUUGUGUCGUCUGCUGGUUGAUGCUGGUACCCAGGCCCUCCGAGACAUAUUCGAUGCCAUCCAUCCCCCUGCCAAUCUUCACACAGUUUUAACGGGCAACAAAACCAAGUUACAGUCACUGAGAACAAGAAAGAUUAUAAACGCAACGCAAUGGGGAAAGCUUUUUCCUGUUAUUCCAUCCUCAGUGUCUUCAAGAGACUUUGAUAUCACGCUUUUGAUGGUUCUGCUUCGAAACAUUUGCUGCUUAUCUUCUCCCGUAGGAGGCUGGGAUACACUCCCUGCUGUAACAGAUGUGAGUCGUGAAGCUGAUAUCGCUCGUGUUAAAUAUUACAGAAAUAAUGUGUACGGUCAUGCUGAGUGUGCCUCAGUUGAUGCUUCGACUUUCAAUGCAUGCUGGAGUGACAUCCGGGACACUCUGGUGAGAUUGGGUGGAGCUAAAUACAAGGCAGCCAUUGACAAUCUUGAAGUUGAGUGCAUGGACCCUGAAGUUGAGGAACAUUACAAAAAACUUCUCAGCCAGUGGAAAAAAGAUGAAGACAACUUGAAAGAUAAAUUGGAUGAAAUCGGAAGCGGGAUUGAAACAGUCAUGAAGAAGCUGGAUGAUUUAAAAUCACCGACCUUAACUCCAAAGAUGCAACUGGAUAACGAAGGAAUGAAAGAGUUAAAGGUGGAAGAAGCCGGGGGGACAAACAGACCCGGUUUUUGUGAAGAAAGAUAUCACGAGAACGAACCACUUCAAUUUUACUGUCGAGAAUGUGAGAUCUGUAUUUGUCACCGGAGCAAACUUAUUCCUCAUUUUAAUCACACCAGCGUUAAAAUACAACAAGUCGCUGAGGAACAAAAGGCCCAGAUGUUCGAUGUUCUCCAUUGCCUAAAAACAGAGAUUGGCGUCUGUGAAAACCGAACGAAAAGGUUGUCCGACUUGUGGAACAUCGUACGACACGACAUCUCAACAGCACGCAUCUGCGUGCAAAAGACUGCAGAAGACGUUAUUCGGGUUGUAAGGGAACACGAAAAGGCUGUAUUGGAAGACUUAGAUAAGAUUGAGGAAGAACAAGACAAAAGUCAUGCUUUACAGCAAGAACGCUAUCAACUGUUCAGCGCUCAGCUUAAAGGCAAUGCAGAACACUGCGAAAACAUUUUGAGGAGAAACAACAGUAUAGAAAUUCUUCAAACACAUCAGACUGUUGUGGAACGUUGUAAAAGUCUUCUAAACACUCAUUUGAACGUCUGUAUGCCAUCCCACGUUAGUUAUUUGUCAAACGAUGAAGCUGUUCAGAAAAUCAUGCAAACGAUUCUAGGACAAGUUAUCGUUAGUUCUGCGAAUUCUUUGAAGUCGGUGGCCGAAGGAAUUGGUUUAGAAUGCGCAGAGGUUGGUAGAAAAGGCGAUUUUGCGAUAACAACGAAAGAUUUUGAAGGGAAGGUGUGUUAUUACAAGAAUGACGCAGUUACUGUUAAUAUCAAGACACCGUUAGGGGAAGACUUAGACAAGAUAAUCACCAACAAGCAAGACGGUAAAUAUAUUGUGACUUUCACGCCAACUUGUACCGGGAAACACCACGUGACGAUAGCGGUGAACAGUCAGCCGCUGACUGGUAGUCCCUGGGGUGUUCAAGUAUAUCCUCACCGAUACAGACACGUGUUAAAAUUCGGCUCAAGCGGAAAAGGUCAAGGUCAAAUUGACGAUCCCUUUGAUAUUGCAGUGUGUGAUAAGACAGGAAAAAUUGCAGUUGCAGACUGUCAAAAUAACAGAAUUCAACUUUUUACCUCAGAUGGCCAGUUUUUGAGUGAAUUUGGUCAGAAAAGAUUCCACGAACCGUUCUCUGUCGCAUUUACCAGGUAUGGUGAAGUGGCCGUUGUGCAUUCAGGUCAGAUUUCUAUGUUCUCUGAAGAUUUUCAUUUUAUAACACACAUUAUCAAUGAGCAGUUAAAGUCACCCUGGGCGUUGUCUAUUACAUGUGACAAUCAAAUGGUUGUGUGUGACAAUGGUGACAAUUCAGUCAAGGUCCUCUCCCCUGACGGUGCUAAAUUGAUACAGUGUUUCAGUGCUCCAGACUGUGAUGAGGCUCCGUGGUUUGCUAUUUUCCACCAGGACAGAUUUUUUGCGAGCUACGAUGGCCUUGGGUGUGUCAAGGUUUUUAAUAAGGAAGGAGUGUUCAGCUAUAACAUUGGAAUGGAGGGGCCUCGAGUCAGACAUUUAAGUGGCCCUUUUGGCUUAGUUGUCGACAAGUAUAAAAAUUUGGUAGUCUGUGACUACGAAAGCAAACACCUACAAGUAUUUACACUGGAUGGGGAGUAUGUCCAUGCUGAAGACCAGUUGAAUGUGACGCCGUGGUCUAUUGCCAUGUCAAAGAAGGGACAGUUAUUUAUCACUGAUCCAACCGAGAACUGUGUUCAUGUUUUGGAAUGACAUUCUAGCUGUUUAAAGACCUGUGCAAACUGGCAUGUUGGUGAUGCUUGUAGUUAACAUGUCAGUUUAACAAGUCUUGUAUAAGUUUUGUAGACAAAGUAGAGGCCAAUUUCUUAGGAGUGUUCUUUCUUCCCUGAAAAAAAAACAUUUCCUUCAGUGGAAAAACUCCAUUGCUUGUACAGAUGAACUUUAGCCGUAAAUUGAUGAGUUUAACACUUUCAUUUCCAAGCUACAAUUCUUUGUAAUGUUUAUGUUCAUAUCUUUUUUUCUGUUAUCCAUGAAUUGCGUUAAUUUGGAGGAACGCCCCUGUUUUUCCAGGUGGUUGAGUCUCAGAUAUGUUCGGUUCGUAAUCUCUGUAUAAAUUUGGACGCAUAUCUUCCUUUCUCAUCACCAAAAUCAGUUAAUUUAUAUUUUUUUUAAACUGAUAGGCAAAUCAAUAAUUUUUCUCGCGAGUUUCCUUUUCGACCGGGCAUUACAGCCUCAUUCCUGAUUGAACGAUUACAAAGUCCAUGCCGCGUCCAUACUUUCCUCCUGCGCUGAUGAAAAACAUGAAUAAUUAUAGAUGUGUAUGGUGUGCCACGAUAUUUUGAGUCAUUCCUAAGGCUGUAGAAAAUUUGUCUGAACAGGAGAAAACACUGAAAUGAGACCUUACCAGAGUAGUCAAGGUUAGAAAACGGGACGAAAAACGCUUAGACACACCAUAGUUAAUUAUGGACACACCUGACAUUCUUGCAGCCGAGGAAUUUACUAUGAAACGACUUAACAAAAUAUCCAUUGCAACAAGAGCCAUUCCUUUUCCCGGUCAGCUCUUGUGAAAAGCAAGUUCUUGUAAUCGGCUUUCUGGCGACCUUUAUCUCCUUCAC